AUGGCAUCAUACAUUCGUACAAUACUUGGUAAAUUAUUUGGUAAAUCCGAAUAUCGAACAUUAAUUAUGGGUCUUGAUGCGGCUGGUAAAACGAGUAUUCUUUAUAGAUUAAAAUUGAAUGAACAUGUUAUGACAAUACCUACAAUUGGUUUCAAUGUAGAAACAUUAACAUUUAACAAAGCUUCAGUGACAAUGUGGGACGUUGGAGGACGUGAUAAAAUUCGUCCUUUAUGGCGACAUUAUUUUCAAAAUACCCAAGGACUUAUUUUUGUUAUUGAUUCUCACGAUGUCGAACGAUUGGAAAAUGCAAGAGAUGAUAUUUGGCGUGUUCUAGGAGAAGAUGAAUUAAGAGAAAUACCUUUAUUAAUUUAUUUCAAUAAAACUGAUUUACCUAAUGGAUUAAAACAAAAAUAUGCUAUUAAAGAAAUGAAAUUAAAUGAGAUUAAAAAUCGAAAUUGGCAUUUACAACCAUGUUCGGCUUAUACAGGUGAUGGUGUGCAUGAAGGUUUAGAUUGGCUAAUACGUGCAAUGAAAUCUCCACUUUCUUCUCAAUCAACAAUUUCUACAACUGCAAACAAUGUCAGUCAAGCUGAAAAUCAAUCGUUACAAUGGUUAUCUCAAGUAGAUAAUGAGACAAAUGAAGAAUUUGCUGAUAAAUUUGUCAAACAUGAUUUAUCAAGUGAAACAUUUGAUCAUCGCACAUUAGUUAGAAUAAUCUGGUGUUAUUUAAAGAUAUUUGGUCGAAAAGAAACAAUUAAAUCAGUAUUUGAUAAUCUAAAUUUUUAUCUUAAAAAUGUAAAUGAAACAUUAAUUUAUUUUUGGAUUCAAAUUGUUCAUUAUGCUUGUGAAGCAACAAAAAAUCCAACAAAUGAUUUCUCAGGAUUUUUAUUAAUGAAUCCACAAAUUCUAAAUGAAAUUGAUUUACCAUUGACUUAUUAUAAAAAAGAUACAUUAUUCAGUAAUCAAGCUAAAACAGCAGUUGUCUUACCAGAUAUUAAACCAUUACCAAGUAUUAUACCGUCAUCAAAUUCUACGAAUAAUAAGAUAAAGACACAAUCUCUUCGUGAAUUUGAUGAUGAUGAUGAAUUAUUAAAAGAAUUUGAAUCUUGUACAUUGACAUGUUGGUCACAUAAAAUUCAUUUACAUAUAACAUGGCUUUAUUUAACACGUGAUGGUCGUCGGAUUGGUGUUAAUAAAAUAUUUGAUAAUAUGAAAAUUUUUUUUCAAUCUAAUCAAAUAUCACCAAUGAUUAAAUUUCAUUUUACAUUGACUUAUUUUUGGAUUCAAAUGGUUGAUUUAGCUAUUGCACAAAAUUCAAAAGAUCUAAAUUUUAAAGAAUUUAUUGAGAAAAAUCCACAUCUAUUGAAUGAAAAUUUAUUCUUAGAUUAUUAUAAGAAAAAAACAAUAUUAGACAAUCCAACUGCACAAGAACAAAUGGUUUUACCUGAUAUUAAACCUUUACCAACAUUAGUUACAUCUAAUAACAAAAAAUAA